AUGAUUAGCACACGGUACAGGAAACUUUUAGCACAAGUGGCAGGACUUCUUUUGCUUGGGUAUGCGAUUUGCCAUAUAGCCUUUGCCAAGACAUGGGUUUACACGCCUCAAAUCCAUGGUUCAAUAACACCUGCAAGCGUGCAGUCAUGGCCCGCUUCAACUGCCUCAUCUGAAGGUAACUUAAAGACCGAAGACGGUGACUUCAAUGCCAAUGAUGCGUCCUCGAAGAAAAAGGUUGGUUCUGUCAAGUUUGGUACUGAUCCUGUGUACGGGAAGAAUUUACUUAUCGAAACCUACCAACGUGCCAAUGCAACCAUCAUGACACUAUGUAGAGAGCAGGAUUUGAAUGAUAUAUUGGGUACCAUCAGGAACUUAGAAGAUAGAUUCAAUAAGAACUACCAUUACGAUUGGGUUUUCCUUAAUGAAGUAGAUUAUAGUGAAAAUUUUAAAAAGCAAGUCUCUAAAUUUGUUUCUGGUGAGGCAAGGUUUGGUGUCAUACCAAAGGAGCAUUGGUCAUAUCCUGACUUUAUUAACCAAGAAAAGGCGAGAGAAAGUAGGGAGAAGAUGGAAGAAGAGGGUAUUAUAUAUGGGGGGUUGGAAUCAUAUAGGCAUAUGUGCAGGUUUAACUCGGGCUUUUUUUUCCAACACCCACUAAUGAAGGAAUACAAGUAUUAUUGGAGAGUGGAGCCGCAUGUUGAAUUCACAUGUGAUGUUGAUUACGAUCCUUUUAAGUUUAUGGCUGAGAAUGAUAAAAAAUACGGCUUUACAAUUACAAUUCAUGAAUUUGUGAAAACUAUUGAGACGCUAUGGGAUACCACAAAAGAAUUCAUCAAUGAAAACAAACAAUACUUGCAUGCAAACAACUUGAUGAAAUUCAUCUCAAAUGAUAAUGGUGAGAGUUACAAUUUGUGUCAUUUUUGGUCCAAUUUCGAGAUAGCCGAUAUGGACUUUUGGAGAUCACAGGCAUAUACGGACUACUUCAACCAUUUAGAUCAAUCUGGUGGAUUUUUCUAUGAGAGAUGGGGGGAUGCUCCGGUGCAUUCUAUUGCAGUUUCUCUCUUUUUGGACAAAAACGAUGUUCAUUUCUUCAGAGACAUUGGAUAUAGACAUGGAGUCUAUGCAAUGUGUCCCACCGAGGAUGAGUUAUAUGAUACAAACAAAUGUUUCUGUGACAAAAGAGACGAUUUCACUUUUGACGGUUACGCUUGUGGUGAUGAGCUAUACCACGCUAUGGGCUGGAAGAAACCUAACCAUUGA